UCUUUUGGCAGAGAAACUUACUCAGUGCCCUCAGAAACCCCCAGACUAACACAUCCGCGUGCCCAGAGCUGCCAGUCAUGAAGGAGCUGAAGAGCAAGGCGUUCUGGAGGGCCGUUUUGGCCGAGCUGGUGGGUAUGACCCUCUUCAUCUUCCUCAGCAUUACAGCUGCAGUUGGAAACCCCAACAAUGACAAACCAGAUCAGGAGGUCAAGGUGGCACUUGCGUUUGGGUUGUCCAUCGCCACUCUUGCCCAAAGCCUGGGUCACAUCAGCGGAGCCCAUCUGAAUCCAGCUGUGACACUGGGCUUGCUGGCCAGCUGUCAGAUCAGCUUGCUGAAGGCUGUCAUGUAUAUUGUGGCCCAGAUGUUUGGUGCAGCGCUGGCGAGCGGCAUCGUGUAUGGCGUCACUGAUGGGAAUGCCCUGGGGCUGAAUACGAUUAGCAGUAAUAUUUCUCCCGGUCAAGGUGUUGGUAUUGAACUCUUCGCUACCUUCCAGCUAGUGUUGUGUGUCAUAGCAACCACAGACAAAAGAAGGCGGGACGUUACAGGCUCCGCCCCUCUGGCCAUCGGCCUCAGUGUUGGUUUGGGCCAUUUGACAGCUAUCAGUUUCACGGGAUGUGGAAUCAAUCCGGCUCGAUCCUUCGGCCCUGCAGUGAUUCUGCGAGAUUUUACCAACCACUGGGUCUAUUGGGUAGGCCCUAUGUGUGGAGGUGUGGCGGCUGCGCUGGUCUAUGACUUCCUGCUCUUCCCUAAACUGGACGACUUCCCUGACCGCGUGAGGGUGCUGGUGUCCGGCCCGGCCACGGAAUACGAUGUCAAUACUGACGAUCCCCCUGCUGUCGAGAUGUCAUCAAAGUGAUUUGAUACUCUGCGUAUUUAGUGUAUGAUAUUCUUCAAGACCACAAAACAUCUGUAAAUAUACCUGUUCUCCCACAGGGAGAUAGCAUUAAUUGAUUAUAUGACAGUGUGGGAUUGCAAAUGUAAAACCGUCUUUUUAGUUGUUCAGAGAUACAGCUAGCAUUUUGUAUUGACUGAUUGGAGUUUUUUUUUUUUGAGUAUUGUUGUUUUUACUCUCAUUUAGUGAAUCAGUAUUUACCUCAGGAAAUGUAUACAGUUUUCACUAUUUUCUACUUUUUCUCAAAUUGUAGAACAACUUUUUUCACUUUGUAUUGUAUUAUGUGUACACAUUGAUAGCGUUGUUUUGUAAUUAAACUUCAGGAUGUUUAAUCUUAAA